CCCACGGGCGCCAUUGCCGCUGCCAUGCGCUGGGCUCGGCCUUGGCCUCUGCGUCCCCUUCGUGUGCCAGUUGGGGAGCGGAGUCCCCGCGGGUGAGGGUCCGUGGGGUGCCGAGGCCACGUCCGUGGGGGUGCGCUGGGGCGCAGCAGUGACCUCUUCCCCUCCUAGUGUGGCCUCAGCGAAGGACCUGGAGAAGAGGUGGGAGAAGAAGCAGCCAGAGAACAGAAUGGAGGAGCCAAAGUGCAGCCCCAAGGAAGAGAAGGAGGAGGAGGAGAUGGGGAAUGACAGUGCUGCGGAGAAGGAUGCCUGUGAGGGUGAUGAGUCUGAUGAGGGGGAGGCUGAUGAGGAUGAAGGUGGCCAAGGGGAGGAGGAGGAGGUUGUGGCAGCCCCCUCUGCGCCACCCAAAGAGCCGAGUCAGUGCCCCGAGUGUGGGCAGAGUCUGCCACGCGGCUCAGCGCCAGCGAAGCAUCGCUGUGCCCGCCCUGGCCCCCAGCCCUUUGUCUGCGGAGACUGCGGCAAGAGCUUCACUUCCAGGAGAGGGCUCCACCGGCACAGGUUCAUCCACACCGGGGAGAAGCCUUUCACCUGCCACAUCUGCAGCAAGAGCUUCAUUACCAGCUCACGGCUCCUCCAGCACAACUUAAUCCACACCGGGGAGAAGCCUUUCACCUGCCCCGACUGCGGCAAGAGAUUCCGGUAUAGCAGUGGCCUCUCCGCUCACCGCCGGACCCACAGCGGCGAGCGGCCCUACGCCUGCCCUGACUGUGGCAAGAGCUUCAGCAGUGGGAGCCAUCUCGACUCCCACUGUCGCAUCCACACCGGCGAGAAGCCUUUCACCUGCCCCGUCUGCGGCAAGAGCUUCCGGCAGAGAAGCAGCCUCAUUAGGCACCGCCAGACCCACAGUGGCGAGCGGCCCUACGCCUGCCCCGACUGCGGCCAUAGCUUCCGCAAUGUGUGCAGCCUCGACUCCCACCGCCGCAUCCACACCGGGGAGAAGCCCUUCACCUGCCCCGACUGCGGCAAGAGCUUCCGGCAGAGAAGCAACCUCACCAGCCACCGCCGGAUCCACAAUGUCGAGAAGCCCUUCCCCUGCCCCGACUGUGGCGAGAGCUUCACCAGCAAGAGCUACAUCACUGACCACUGCCACAUCCACACCGGGGAGAAGCCCUUCACCUGCCCUGACUGCGGCCAGAGCUUCAGCAGCAAGAGCUACAUCACCGACCACCGCCGCAUCCACACCGGGGAGAAGCCCUUCACCUGCCCCGACUGCGGCAAGAACUUCAGCUUCGCUACCCGCUCAGGGUUCCACCGGCACAACUUCGUCCACACCGGGGAGAAGCCUUUCCCCUGCCGCGACUGCGGCAAGAGCUUCACUACCCGCACACAGCUCCUCCGACACAGCUUCAUCCACACCGGGGAGAAGCCUUUCCCCUGCCGCGUCUGCAGCAAGAGCUUUGCUACCAGCAUAGAGCUCCUCCGACACAACUUCAUCCACACCGGGGAGAAGCCUUUCACCUGCCACGACUGUGGCAAGAGCUUCGCUACCAACUCAAGGCUCCUCCGGCACAACAUCAUCCACACCGGGCAGAAGUCUUUCACCUGCCCCGACUGCGGCAAGAGCUUCAGUGAAGGAAAUCAGCUCAGGGCCCACUGCCUCAUCCAUACUGGGGAGAGGCCUUUCGCCUGCCCUGACUGCGGUAAGAGCUUCCGGCAGAAAGGCUACCUCAACAGGCACCGCCAGACCCACAGUGGCGAGAAGCCCUUCCCCUGCCCCGACUGUGGCAAGAGCUUCAGUGAUAGGAGCUACCUUGACUCCCACCGCCGCAUCCACACCGGGGAGAAGCCGUUCACCUGCCCCGACUGUGGCAAGAGUUUCCGGCAGAGAGCCAACCUCAGGAGCCACCGCCGGACCCAUACCGGCGAGAAGCCCUUCAGCUGCCCCGACUGCGGCCAGAGCUUCCGCGAGCGGAGCUACCUCGAUGCCCACUGCCACAUCCACGCCAGGGAGAAGCCUUUCACCUGCCCCGACUGUGGCAAGGGCUUCCGGCAGAGAAGCAGCCUCAACAGGCACUGCCAGACCCACAGUGGCGAGAAGCGCUUCCCCUGCCCCGACUGUGGCCAGAGCUUCACCAGCAAGAGCUACAUCAACGAGCACCGCCGCAUCCACACCGGGGAGAAGCCCUUCACCUGCCCCGACUGUGGCAAGAGCUUCCGGAAUAGCAACAACCUCAACAGCCACCGCCGGACCCACACCGGGGAGAAGCCCUUCACCUGCCCCGACUGCGGCCAGAGCUUCCGGCACAGCAGUGGCCUCCAAAGGCACCGCCAGACCCACAGCAGCGAGAAGCCCUUCAGCUGCGCCGACUGUGGCAAGAGCUACCGCCACAAGAGCAACCUUGACGCCCACCGCAUCACUCACUUGGGCAAGAAGCUCUUCCCCUGCCCUGACUGUGGCAAGCGUUUCGGCCACCCCUCUGAGUUCCGCAUCCACCGCCGCAGGCACACCGGGGAGAAUCUGUUCCCCUGCGCAGAGUGCAACAAGAGCUUCACCACCAGCAACCAGCUCCUCCAGCACCGCCUUGUCCACAGCGGCGAGAAGCCUUUUACCUGCCCCGACUGUGGCAAGGGCUUCCGGCACAGAGUUGCCCUCAACAGGCACCGCCAGACCCACAGCAGCGAGAUGCCCUUCCCUUGCCCCGACUGUGGCAAGAGCUUCAUCUACAAGAGCCUCCUUGACACCCACCGCCGCGUCCACACCGGCGAGAAGCCUUUCACCUGCCCUGACUGCGGCCAGAGCUUCGCCCGAAAGAGCUACCUCGCCAGGCACCUCCGCAUCCACACCGGCGAGAAGCCUUUCGCCUGCGCGGACUGCGGCAAGAGCUUCGGCCUCAAGAGGAGCCUUGACACCCACCGCAUCACUCAUGUGGGCAAGAAGCUCUUCCCCUGCCCUGACUGUGGCAAGCGUUUCAGCCACCCCUCUGCGGUCCGCAUCCACCGCCGCAGGCACACCGGGGAGAAGCUGUUCCCCUGCGCAGAGUGCGACAAGAGCUUCACCACCAGCUACCAGCUCCUCCACCACCGCCUCGUCCACACCGGCGAGAAGCCUUUCACCUGCCCCGACUGUGGCAAGAGCUUCCGGAAGAGCACCGCCCUCACCAGCCACCGCCGGACCCACAGCAGCGACAAGCUCUUCCCCUGCCCCGACUGCGGCCAGAGCUUCAUCUACAAGAGCCUCCUCGACAUCCACCGCCGCGUCCACACUGGUGAGAAGCCUUUCACCUGCCCUGACUGCGGCCAGAGCUUCACCCAAAAGAGCUACCUCACCAAGCACCUCCGCAUCCACAGCGGCGAGAAGCCUUUCGCCUGCCCUGAUUGUGGCAAGCGUUUCAUCCGCGCCUCUGCGGUCCGCAUCCACCGCCACAUCCACACUGGCGAGAAGCCCUUCCCCUGCCCCGACUGUGGCAAGCGUUUCAUCCAUGCCUCUGCGGUCCGCAUCCACAGCCGCAUCCACACUGGCGAGAAGCCCUUCCCCUGCCCCAGCUGCGGCAGGAGCUUCCGGUGGCACCACCAGCUGGCCAAGCACCAGUGCGCUCACACUGCAGAGCAGCCCACGCUGCAGGAGGGCUAGGGCACGGGUGGUGCAGCAAGGCCGCUUCUGGGGUAAUGGCAGUGUGUUUAUUCCUCACCCCUGUAGGCCUGCUGCUCCAGGGCAGCCUCACUUCUCCC